GAGAGAGACAAAGAGACAGAGAGACAGAGACAGAGACAGAGAGAACGGCCCCGGGUAACCUGGCUGCUGCUGUAGGGGCAGGGGCAUCGUUGAGAUCUGAAACUGGCCAAGAGAGCUAGUCCCCAUCGUCAGUGUCCCAUCGUCAGUGUCCCAUCGUCAGUGUCCCGCGGGAAAGGCGAUCUGGACUCCCGCUUCGCAGCAGCGGCAAGGACCUGGGUCUAAACCGCCCGCCCCACUGGGAUGAGAGCCCCCUGCAGCCCGCUCACCGCGGCCGCCUGGCUUUGACCCCCUCGCGCCCCCGCGCGUCCAUCUCUGUUCCCAGAGCCAUGCAAGUGCUGUAGGGCGGCUGGCUCGCGCGCCUUCCUCCUGCCUGGACAGAGUCCCCCCGCCCCGCCCGCAGCGCCAAGGCGCCGGCUCCGAUCCGCUGCGCCCAGGCUCCCUUUCCAGAGCUCUGGCGACCACCGGCAGCAGCUGGAGAAGACCUUCCUCAUCUGUCCGGCUUUCCUCCUCCCCUGCCCCACCUUCUGCGUGCAGUGUUGGUGAGAAAAUCCAGGCUUGGCUCUCCGAACCGACGGAUAGAACCGAGGGACAGCCCUUAGGAAGGUUUCUGGAAACACUCGGAGCCUCCUCAUUCACAGGAGGUGGCAGGAGCCUUAAGAAAAGGAAAAGGGUACUCCCUGGCUACCAAGCAGUCCCCGUCCUGGAUGGAGUGAACGAUGCGGCCUGAUGACAUUAAUCCGAGGACUGGGCUGGUGGUGGCCCUGGUCAGUGUUUUCCUGGUCUUUGGCUUUAUGUUCACUGUCUCUGGCAUGAAGGGGGAAACUCUGGGGAACAUCCCUCUGCUGGCCAUCGGGCCAGCCAUCUGCCUACCAGGCAUCGCAGCCAUUGCUCUGGCCAGGAAAACCGAAGGAUGCACCAAGUGGCCAGAGAAUGAGCUACUCUGGAUCCGCAAGUUACCCUGCUUUCGGAAGCCCAAGGACAAGGAAGUAGUAGAACUGCUGAGGACCCCGUCAGACCUGGAGUCGGGCAAAGGGAGCUCAGAUGAACUGGCUAAGCAGGCAGGCAUCAGAAGCAAGCCGCUCCCCCAGGGACCAGGUGAGGUGCUUAUGGACAACUCCAUUACCACCCCCACUCCCCCAGAGGAAGGAGAAUGCCAAAGUCUUGUCCAGAGUGGGCGUCAGGAGGAGACAUCCAGAUACCUGGAUGGCUACUGCCCCUCAGGCAGUUCCCUUGCCUAUAGUGCCUUGGACGCCAAGUGCUCAGCCUGGGACAGAUCUGACCACCCUGAGCCCGAGGACAGCAUCUUCUUUGUUCCCCAGGAUAGUAUCAUCGUUUGUUCCUACAAGCAAAACAGCCCCUAUGACAGAUACUGUUGCUACAUCAACCAGAGCCAAGGCAGGUGGGACCAUGAGACAAUAGUCUGAUCUGUUCACACAGGGUCCCAUGUUGACGGACACAUUGCUACACUCCGCUCCCAAUGGAAGAAAAUCUCUGCUCCAACAGCCGUCACACUAUUAGAAACUGGCAUGGUAUGUGAGGGGUGCAGACCUCUGGCACCUGAUGCUCCUGUAAAUAGGCAUGCUGGGGGCACACUUCAGGGAAACACUGAGGAUUAAGGGCACCGGGAAGAGGCGGUAACAGUAAAGAAAGUUCCAUUUGCUUCUGAACAAAUUAAACGAUGUUGAAUACUUUGUAAAACAGCCCAGAAAGUGCUAGCGAGCACCUGCUGACAGUCAGGUGAGUCUAGAAAGAGCUUCAGAUGCCAGGUAGCAAAUGAUGCAGGGCUAUCCACACAGAAACUGGCUGCUUUGUGUCUAAAGAACGUGAAGGAAAAUUGUGUGUUCCUUUAUAUGAAAUUAUUUUUGCCUGUUGGUAGCUUUUCACACAUAAUUGCUGAAAGAGAUAAAAAUCAAGAAAUGGGAUGGGUUUUGGAGUAAGGGGAGUUUAAAAUAGUUGAAAUGUAUAACUGAGUCCUGGCCUCUGACAAGAUCAUGGUUUCAAAUAAAGUGUUGACUAUGUUAUGUGAAAUGUUAAGAUUUUGGGUGGUUUCAUUUGAGUUCAUUUGCUGGGACUUUAGCUGAAGUUUUUAAAUAUUUGUUAACAAUAAUGUAUUUCCUUAUGAGGUGCAAAAUGGCUUGAUGUAAUAUUUUCAUUACUUAUUGUCUUCAACAUUUCUGGUAGGCAUGUACUAGGGAUUACUCUAUGCCUUUUAAAGUAUGAAACUACAAAGCCAAUCAAUUAGUCCUGAACAUUAUGAAAAAUCUGUGUGAGAUGCAAUAGUUAAGCCUUCAGAAAUGCUUUUGUUUGUACAUUUGUUCAACAGCACCCCCACCCCAACAAUGACUGAAAAUGCCAAUGAACGAGUUAAUUUAUAAGAUUUAAUUGAAGCCUUUAUUUUAUUAAGUUCACUGGAUCAUUGAAAUUUAUGUGACAAAAAUCUCAUUAUUUUCCACUUUUUUGUGGCUGAGGGAAGAAGCAUCAUAGUGCCAUCCUAAAAUUUGUUUCCUGUUUGUCUUGCUUAAUUGUAACAGAUAAAAAGAAUAACCAGCAGAAAUGCCAUUUCAUCCCUCUUGUAUAGUAGUUGCAUUUUAUAUGAAUGGCAUUUUAUAUAUAUAUAUAUAUAUAUAUAUAUAUCUGAAUGGUGAUAGAUUUAGACUUGAGAAUUAGGAUAUAUUAUACCCUUUAGUGAAUUUUAAUUCUAAUUAUUAUAUCAAAUAGUUUUAGUUACUUUCUCCUAAGAGGUGAAUUGAGGACAAAAAAAAAAUUGGAAGCUUACCUCUUUUAUGUACUUCAAGUCCAACUCUGAUUCUUAAGUGGCAACUGUCCUGUCUUAAGAAUUAUGUUCUUAAAUAUCAUGAUUUUUGAAUGAUGUUUAAGAUAAAAAAAAUAUGUCAUCUUUUUAGUCAGGCCUCAGUGUCAGAAGAUGAGAUGUGUGGUCUUGGACAAAGCUCAUCUUCCAACACCUCAGUUUUUUACUCUAUGGAAUAAGAAUAGGACAAAGACUGAUUUACAAUAAGUUGUUUCCAUCAUUCACCCCAGGUGGUACAUUCUAAAAUAGUGUAUCAAAGAAAUUGUAUGUUGCAGGAAGUAUGCGAAAGCAAAAUUCAUGACCAUGUUAUGCAACCCCUGAUCAAAAUCAUGCAAUGUGGAUUAAAUUGCUACUACUCACAAGAAUUUUGUAGAUGUAUGAAAACAGAUGUAUUUCAUUACUACAUAGUAUUUAUUAGACACAAAUACAUUCCUGGACACAAAACUGAAACUGCUGAGGGUGAGAUUGUUUGAGGAAUAAAUAUCUUAGAUAUUGGUGUAGCCCAAAAUAACACAACAUGCAGCUUUGCAUGCCAUGUCACUGAGUUUAGGUUUGAGGUAGUGAGGGCUAGUUUCCUAAAAUCACAUAUCUGUUUUGAAAGCAGAAAAUGGUAUUUAUAUACAUAAGAUUAUUAGAGAUAUAGGAACUGGAGUUUUCCCUUCUGGCAUUUUCAGAAGUGUGAAGAUAGAUGGAUGUUUGUUUGGGGCUCAUCAAGUCCUACAUGGGUCUGAGAGGAGAGGACCGGGGUGUUGGCUAAAGUUUGGAAUUUGGAAAAGUUGCCUUCUGGAAACAGUUCAGAAUGCUUCACUAAUGUGUACAUGUAUGCUCAUAGUCCCAUUUCCAAAUCAAGGAUCAAGUACUAAUUUAGAGAUAUAAACUAUUUUUAAUUAUAUUUUCAAAUUGAAUUUUAGAAGCAAACAUUUUUCCAUUUACGUAUUUAAAAUACCAAAGCUAAGUACACACUCAUGGGUAUAUUUUUCUGUGCUAAAAGAAUGAUUUGAAAAUGUUGGGCUGAAAGAUUUAACUUUCUUUAUCCAAAGAAUAAAAUGUGCAGUGUGUCUUGUGUGGAUUUUUCUUAGCAUCUUCCACUGAGCCACCCCCUUUUCUAUGCAGCCUGAUGCCCCUAAUCAACUCUUGAGUACUAUUCAGGGUAAACCUGUUGUUCUUUUAAAUAGAGACAGAAAAAGUAGGGGUCAAACCCAACAUCUUUGGAAAAUUACUAAUAUUAACAGAAGUAGUAAAUGGAUUGU